UUAAAUUUGGUGCUUGAGAUCGGCAGAAAAGAGAUAUACAGACAGUAUGACAUUAUAGACAGACAGAGACUGUUAGAGAGAGAGAGAGAGAGAGAGAGAGAGAUCAGUCUUUCGUUAUCUCUUUCAAUACAAAACAAACACCAAACCCUAGAAAUUAGCUUCACCUCACAUCAAAAACCCCUAAUUCCCAGGCACGGAGAUAGAGAGAGAGUGUUUGCUAUGUGACUUCGAAACAUCUCUGUUUCAUCUUCUUCGAUAUCGAACAACACCACCACUCGAACAACCUUCUCUGCAAAUUGGGUUUAUCCAAAACCCUAAAUUUCACUUCUCUUCCUUCUUUCUACGCUUCAAUUCGACACUUUCAACUUCAGAUGACUUCGAUUAGUAGUACGACAUGGUCUCCGAGCUCUUUUCAGCUCCGAUUAGCUCUCAAUUGCAGAAAAUCUCACACUGUUUUUGUUCGAAUGCGUAUUGGGACGAAGCUAGAUCGUGGGUUUCGUGUGAUUUCGCUUUCUGGAGAUACUUCAAGAAAUGGUAAUGGACUUCAACAGCGUCCUAAGAGGAAUUCUUCGUGGAUCAAUUCCAACUCUUCGGCAGACUCUUUCUCUGGUUGGUCUGGAAACGAUGGUGGUGAAAAAUCUGUCCACUCGCAGAGGAAGAAUUGGCUUGGAGGGAUUGUAGGAGCAGGAGUUGCUGGGGUUGUUCUUGUUGCUGGGCUUACUUUUGCAACCUUGUCUAUAAGCAAGCGGAAUACUUCAAGACCGGCAGAAAUGGAGCCCUUGACAACACAGCAGGAAGUGUUGUUGGACUCUGAUGACCAAAAUGAUAGAGUUGUGCAGGAUGAGGAGAGCAAGGAUACAAUGAAGGAAGACAGUUGUCUUAGCAAGACAGGUAUAGAUAAUGAUUCUUCUUUGUCUAUAGAAAAUAACGAAGCAACUAACGAAAAUAGACAAAGUGGUUCCGAUGUGGGGUACACAUUCAAUAGUGGUGAUGGCAUUACCAAUGCUUCCAUUCAAGAAGAUUUGCAAAAUGAAUCAGCUAUUGAUGACAUGUCAGUUGCUCCUGAUAGAAGUCCAGGCACACCUCAACUGCCUGAAUCCGAGAUUGCUUAUGGUUCUGUUGUGGCCUUUGAAAAUUCAGAUAGCAAUCUUGUUGCUGAAAAAUCAGAAUCUGCUACUGAACUGAAAGAGAACCUUAUUGAUGCCAAACAUACCAAAUCGUCAGUCUCUGAUGCUAAUCCAACAAAUCUUAACACUGGCACUGACAGGAAGGAGGGAGUGCCUGGCUCAAGCAGAACAGAAAAUUCUAACUUCUCACUUUCAGCCGGAGAAGAACUUGACCUGAGCAAAACACAAGUCUCAGCUGAGGAAAAUAAGUCAUCAUUGGAAGAUCAUAAUUUAAAUGGAGAUGGGCCAAGUGGAACAAAUUCAGUGUCAGCAGUAGCCUAUCCAUUUGCAAAUGAACAAGACUCAAAUACUUACAGUAGUAUUAAUGAAAAUACAUCAUUUUUUGAAUCAACAAAUCCUGGGAAUUCCUUCUCAUCUGCUGGCAUACCUGCUCCAUCUGUAGUUUCUGCAGCUUUACAGGUGCUUCCUGGAAAGGUUUUGGUUCCUGCAGUUGUUGAUCAGGUUCAGGGGCAGGCACUAGCAGCGUUGCAAGUUCUGAAGAUUAUCGAGGCUGAGGUUCAACCUAGUGAUUUAUGUACUCGUCGUGAGUAUGCUCGUUGGUUGGUUUCCGCUAGCAGCGUCCUGUCAAGGAACUCUGUCUACAAAGUGUAUCCUGCUAUGUAUAUAGAGAAUGUCACCGAACUAGCAUUUGAUGAUAUUACACCAGAAGACCCUGACUUCCCGUCCAUUCAAGGCUUGGCAGAAGCUGGACUCAUCGCUAGCAAGCUUUCAAGAUAUGAUAUUCCUUCUUUAGAUGAAGACCAGAGUUCCCUUUGCUUCUCUCCUGAAAGCCCUCUAUCCCGUCAGGAUCUUGUGACUUGGAAGAUGGCCCUAGAGAAAAGACAGCUUCCACAAGCUGACAGAAAGAUCCUGCAGCAGCUUUCAGGUUUCAUAGACAUUGAUAAGAUCAACCCUGACGCAUGCCCUGCGCUCAUGGCUGAUUUUUCUGCGGGAGAAAACGGAAUAAUAGCACUUGCAUUUGGUUACACAAGGCUGUUCCAGCCAGAUAAGCCAGUGACUAUAGGCCAGGCUGCUAUUGCUCUUGCAACCGGUGAAGGUUCUGAUAUAGUGAGUGAGGAGCUUGCACGUAUUGAGGCAGAAUCUAUGGCAGAAAAUGCUGUUGCUGCACACAGUGCUUUAGUAGCUCAGGUUGAGAAAGAUGUCAAUGCAAGUUUCGAGAAGGAACUGUUAUUGGAAAGAGAAAAGAUUGAUGCUGUGGAAAAAUUGGCCGAGGAGGCACAGCAAGAAUUGGAAAGGUUAAGAGCCGAGCGAGAGGGAGAUUUUAUUACCUUAAUGAAGGACCGUGCUGUGGUUGAAUCAGAAAUGGAAGUUCUCUCGAGAUUAAGGCAUGAGGUAGAGGAGCAAUUGGAGAGCCUUAUGACUAAUAAGGUGGAGAUAUCAUAUGAAAAAGAAAGGCUCAGUAAGCUUCGGAAAGAAGCAGAAUUUGAAAACCAAGAGAUUGCUCGGUUACAACAUGAGCUGGAGGUUGAGCGAAAAGCCUUGUCGAUGGCCAGGUCUUGGGCUGAAGAUGAGGCAAAAAGAGCAAGAGAGCAAGCAAAAGUCCUAGAAGAGGCUAGAGAUCGCUGGGAGAGGCAUGGAAUCAAAGUCGUCAUCGACGAUGACCUCCGUGAAGAGACUGACGUUGGAGUUACAUGGGUCGAUGCCGGUAAGCAAUUCUCAGAUGAAGGAACUGUGAGCAGGGCUGAGAAAUUAGUAGACAAACUCAAAGCGACGGCAGUUGAUGUUAGAGGGAAAGCCAAAGAUACUAUUUCAAAAAUCAUCCAUAUUAUUCUUUCUUUGAUAUCUGUUUUGAAGGAACGGGCCUCUAGGGCAUGCCAACGGGGAGGAGAGAUAAAAGAUGCUGCCGUGUCCAAGAUGGGUAGCUCUUUGCAAGAGUUGCAGCAGAGCUCAGCUGGAUUCACUGUGGCUAUAAAGGACAGUGCAAAAAGGGUCGCUGGAGACUGCAAGGAAGGAGUUGAGAAGCUCACUCAAAAGUUCAAGACAUGAACUCUCUCUGCUCGACUUUCCAUGUGAUUUCUGCUAAGAAGCCGCUGAUGUAUUUUUUGUUGUUUUCCUGUUUUGACCCUCGUUGUUUUUGGUCGUUGUUUUUGGGGUUAUGCAUUUAAUUCAACCUUUUACCGGAAAAUGGGGACGAAAAGGAAAAUGCAGUGCCCAUCAUAAAAUUUUCGUACUGGGGAAAAUUUUGAGCAGGUAAUUGUGGAAUUGUACACUCCAUUAGGACUAUAUAUGUGUCGUUAAUAAAUCCUAGUUGAGUUCUAGUUGAUUUCAUUUUUAAUUGAUGGUGGUUUUCUACAUAAAAUGUCAGCGUUGUAUACAUGUACUGAUCCAUGAAGCAUGUUUGAGAAAGAAUAAGAAUUUGAGACAAUCCUUAAGAAUGCCAUUUUA